AUGAAGCGUGCUAACAGCUUUCAUAGUCCGGACGCCCAAAGAGGCAAACUGAAACACACUGGAAAAGGGUUCAUGAACACUCGGGCCUCCGCAAACUGCCGCUACCAGCCCACCUGCUACGAGCACGCGGCCAACUGCUACACCCACGCGCUGCUGAUUGUCCCGGCCUUCGGGGGCAUGGCUCUGCUGCACCGUCUGUCGGACACGUCCUGGGAGAGGGUCACGGCCGUGGUCUACGGUCUGGGUCUCUGCGCUCUCUUCUUGGUCUCUACCGUCUUUCACAUCAUCACCUGGAAGAAGAGCCACAUGAGGUCUGUAGAGCACUGCUUCCACAUGUGCGACAGAGUGGUCAUCUACUUCUUCAUCGCUGCCUCCUACUCGCCCUGGCUGAACCUGCGGGAGCUGGGGCCCCUGGCGGCUCACAUGCGCUGGUUCGUUUGGCUCAUGGCGGCGGCAGGAACCAUCUACGUCUUCAACUACCAUGAGAAGUACAAACUGGUGGAGCUGGCGUUCUAUCUCACCAUGGGCUUCUUCCCUGCAUCCGUCGUCGCCUCCAUGAGCAACACAGAGGGGCUGCAGGAGCUGGCGUGUGGAGGUCUGAUUUACGUUCUGGGUGUUUUCUUCUUUAAGAGCGACGGCAUCAUCCCGUUCGCUCACGCCAUCUGGCACGUGUUUGUCGCGCUCGCCGCCGCCGUCCACUACUACGCCAUCUGGAAGUAUCUCUACAAGAGUCCAGACGCUCUGCUCGAAACGUGA